UAACCUUCCGUCGUGCGCGAUACUCCUGCUUGUCCCUCUUUGUCCGGUGGCGAUAGAAGGCCAUGAUAAUUAUGGCAAAAUUUGCGUUUUUGAAUGAAUUAUAGUUGAAUGGUGGAUCAACAAGCAUACACCGUGCGAGGACCAGUUUGCUGGCAAUGACACACCAGAGAGUUUCAAUUUAAAGGACAGCAGAGCAAGCAACGGAGAAAGGGUACAGUUUGCUUCCAAGACAGUCUGCAAGAUGGCUAGCUAUCUUCAGUGGCAUGCUAACGUUAGCUAGCAAGCUAAUGUUAUCAUAGUAAACAACAGUUUUCAAAAGAUGAUCGAUUUAUUUAUCUGAUUAAUGCUGUGCUAAGUGGAAUUAAGUGCACAUUUUCACAAGUCAUUGUAGAAAGUUAAGUCACAGUUUCGGAUUAAUGUUCCAGUGUUGCCGCUACUGGGUGAAAUCUCAACGCUGCUAGCUAACCACAUUGAGUAACGUGGCUAGCUAGUUAGCCAAGGUAGUAACUAGCUUGCGUUAGCUAACUGGUCGACUUCUUUGCUGCACAUCUGUAAGUGAUCAUUUGUAUAGGGAGGGGGUGCUCUGUAACUUGCUUGUACUGGCAGUCAAGCCAGGUAUCAAGCAACCAGUUUCAGUUAGUUGGAACUGGUUUGCAACAAGACGAACUUGUGCUAAAUAACGUGAACCAACUCAGUUUUACCUGACGUUUUAUUUGGUGACCAAAUCCCGGCGUGACAGACACCGUGGCGAAAGAUUUGCAGCUGUAAAGGUGUUUGCAGACCUGGGCCGGCGUUAUAACAUAAAAUACGUGUUAGCUACUGCUGUGAUGAUAACCAUUAAUACGUUAUUGACAUGACCUGAAGGCAGAUUUUCCACCUACUCGGCUCAUAGCCUUCAAGACGUCGUCAUUUUUAACUUUUUUUUUCUUGCAUAUGAACGGUGAUAUGCCACUUCACCGACAGUCAUAUUAGCUAAUGGCUGCCGAAUCGGGGAGACUACUGGCGGGACAAGGAAAACGAAGCAAAGCUUCACAGAUGAAGAGCCCAGAGAAGAAGAAGGCGAGGAAAUCCACCAACCAGGCGGCAGGGUUCUCCCACCUCACUGAGUUUGCACCCCCACCUACCCCCAUGGUGGACCACCUGGUCGCCUCCAACCCCUUCGACGAUGACUUCGGCCCCCCUUCCCGACCUAGUGGGACAGGUGGACCAGGUGGUGCUCCAUUUCUACCCAGCCCAGGCGGAGGAGGUGGGUAUGGAGGUGGAGGUAGAAUGAGCGGAGGCAUGGGCUUCAUGGGAGGCCCAGGAGGACCAGGUGGCGGCCAACCUGGACGGAGGCCACCAUUUGGCCCUCCAUCCAACGCUGGACCUCACCACCAGCUCGGCUUUGGAGGAAUGCCUGGCUUUGGAGGUGGUGGUGGGGGCGGUAGUGGGGGAGGAGGAGGAGGGGGAGGAUUCCCCCCUGGUGGCCCUUCUCAGUUCAAUAUGCCACCAAACUUCAGUCCACCCAUGCACCCCGGGCCAGGAUUCAAUCCCAUGUUGUCUCCAGGGGCUAUGGGAGGUCCCGGGGGAGGAGGGCCACCACACCCUCGGUUUGGCAUGCCUCCACAGCAGCAGCACGGACAGGGUGGACACCCAUUCAACAGCCCACCAUUACCUGGUGGUGGAGGCCCAAGAGGGCCCCCACAUGGCCCCUUGCCUCCCAUGGGUGGAGGCAUGGGUCCUGGGAUGAACAUGAUGGGUGGCAUGGGUGGUGGCCCUGGAGGCAACAUGGUGGGAGGGUUACCAGGUAUGCCCCCUCAAGGACAGUUCCCUCCCUCACAGGAUGGCCCCUACCCUGGCCCCAGUCCGCCAGGGCCCGGCAACGAGGAUGGAAAAAACUUUGGUGGAGGAGGGGCUCCGUCUGGGCAGCAGCAGCAACAGCUUAACCUAAAUCCCAACGGCCCCCCUCCUAAUAAUACCACACCUGGCCCUCCUCCUAACUCUGGCCCACCACAGCCAGGAGGGGGCUUCCCUGGCCACCCUGACGUCCAGCAGACCAACGCCAAUACACCUGGUCAGCCUCCCUCAGCACCGCCACAGCCUAACACCAACUCUUCUCCUACUGGUCCCCUGAAUGGAUCAGGCCAGCCUCAGCAUCCACCACCCAGUCAGCUACAACCCCCCAGCAAUGCAAACACCCCCAACUCUAACAACUCUACCCAGCAGCAACAAUCCACUCCACCUAACUCUGCCCCUGGCUCCACCCCGUACAACCAGCAGAACAACACUCCUGGUGCUGGUGGUCCCAUGCCAAAUGCAGCCCCCAAUUCAGGUCAGAACAGCAUGACCAACAACAAUGGAAGCAACACUCCUGGCAGCAACCCCAAUCCCCCCUCUAACUCCACUUCGACCCCAAACACCCAGUCUCCCCUGCCCCCUGGCCCUGCUGCCCCGUCGACUGGGCCUGGAAAACUCUGUGGCCCUGGGAUGGUCUUCCCUUGUGGCCUUUGUACGGCAGAGGUGCAUGACGAUCAGGAUGCCAUCCUGUGCGAGGCGUCGUGCCAACGCUGGUUCCACCGUGACUGCACAGGCCUGACAGAGCCUGCGUACGGGCUGCUGACUCGAGAGAGCGCUGCUGUUUGGGCCUGUGACUUCUGCAUCAAGACCAAGGACAUCCAAGCUGUGUUUGUGCGCCAGGGAUUAGGCCAGCUGGUGGCAGCUAAUGAGAGUUGAGAAGUGGAUGAGAAAGGAGCAGUGUGGAGGUGCAUCACAUAAGGACAAAUGGAGACAUUCUUUGCUUUGAUCUAACUGAUGACCUGUGUGUCAUGUCAGCUACUUGCCCAACUUUCUCUUGACUAGCCCUUUACUUGUUCACUACACAGAGAAACACCCUCAUUGACAUUCAUGCUUAUAUAUAGCACUUUGAGUGACUCUUGGUAAAUGAUUUUUCCCCUUAAAGGAGUUAGAUCAUGAUGAAUGUUAAACUACACAGUCCUUCAGACAUCUAGCCUGCCAACCAGCAAAGCACUGACACCAACACACUACCUCACAAAUUUUGUGACUGACUGGCAUGGACGCUCCCGCACUGACUGACUGUGAUUGACUCGCCACACUCAUGCACCACAUGGGUAUGAUGAUAUUUCAAACACACAAACCCACGUUAGGCGGAGAAAGUAAUGUGGAAAUAUUCCCCUACUGUGUAUUGACACAAUGACUGGAAGCGUCAGCGUUAUUCUCUGAUUUUUGCGGCUUUAAAGUACAACAGACAUAAUAUCAAAUCUUUAAAAUUGAAAAAAGUAAUUGAAUGAUCUUAAAGGGACUUGGGUUUCAUUAUUGAAUUGAUUCACAGCUCUUUUUUUUUUGCCAUCAAAAUGCUUUAUUCUAGCGCUGCCCUGUCACAUUGUUAGCCUUUUUACUGCAAGCAAGUGAACGAAGAUGGAAAAUUAUAUCAGUGUAUUGCAGUGUAAAAUCUCUAAAAUCAAGUGUUUUGUGACACACAUUAUUGGGGAAAAAAAAAAAAUAGUUAGUUCCUGCACACAUGCAUACAUACAGACUUGUACUUCUUGUAUCUGUCGUUUUGUACCCAGUGCUGAUUAAUCCAAAGGAGACCCCAGCCGAGAUUUCAUCCACACUUCACAUAGAGGAUUUUACCACGAAAUAGUUGUAAAUAUUAGGACAAAACAUUAGUCCAGAACGCCCAUCAGUUGUGAACAUGCCACCAAGUUGAACAAUGAACAAAUAAUGAGUUGAACUUAUGUGUUUUUGUUGUAUACAGUAUGACGUUUUGGUUUUUAUACAGUACAUUCGAGUCAACCAUUUCUGUUUAUCUCUGCAGUACACAUGGAUUGUGAAAUAAGUGCUUUUGGAUGGUGUUGGCAUAGCAAGUAGUGACAUCAUGUCAUAUCAGAUGUGCAUUGUCCUUUUUUAAAAAAAAAAAAAAAAAAAAAAGAAGAAAAAGAGUGGGGGGGGGGUGCAUGUGAACCAAUGCAGUAACUGUCUGAUCUGUUUAUGUUUAUAUUCUGGCCUCUGCGCUGCAAGAACCCUUGAAGUAGACCAAAUAACUUAAGAGCGAACAAAACCCAUUUUUCACAUUUCUGUCACGGUAUAAGGUGUUUAUAACUAUUCUUCCUUUUCUCUGUCCUUAUUUUUCUUUAGUCAAUGUCCAAGUUGCCUUUCUUUUCUUGCUCUCUCAGCUGUUCCUUUUUGUUUUGUAUUGUUAUUUUUGCUGCGAUCUUGCUAUGCUCUGGUGCCUCCUGGUGGGACCUGGAGGAACCAGUCAGUCCCACACCAGGUGGGGAAAGGAAAGGUACUGAACUCUGAAGUAAAGACAGAUUUUUUUUUUUUGUACUUGUCCAUGUCUGUUUUUAUUUACUUUUCUUUUUUAUUUGUUUGCUAAUUGUUGUAUUAAAAUGAGGGUUGUAAAACCCGUAUGAAACUGA